AUGUACUUUACGCGUAGCAGUAGCAUUACAGUGAAGACAACGCCGCUGUCAAGUGACCUCAUUGUGUUAAACAGCUGUACAACAGCUGAUCGAGUGAAGUGUGCUUUCUGUUAAACUUCGAUAUUGGCUUAAUACAGUAGGGAUACUUCGCUUUAUAAGCAACAAUGAAAACACACUCAACUGACUAACACAGACAAGAAAUAUACGGUCACCAAACAAUUUGCCGGCUUCAUGCUCAGCAAGAAACAUGCCGGAGAGCGAUUCUACUGACAGGCAAACUCCCGAGCGGGAUAACAGACCGGAAACGUCUACGGCGCAUGCAGUGAAAGUGUCGUCUGCUGGAGCAGACGAAAGUAAUGAGAAAAACGAUCAAAUGGAAUCAGAAGAUGUGAUUACUGGAAAUUCUAAUGACAAUCCGAAAAUAAACGGAGUUAACCGACAUUCAGCAAAUGAAAGUGUUGACAAAAGAAUAUCGAAUGAAAAUGAAUCAACAAAUUUUAAUGAUUUGGAAGCUGACGAGGAAAGACAAACUGCCUUAGAAGAAUCACCACUGAUAAAUGACAAUGGUAAUAUACGGCAUGUUCAUAUAAACCAGCAGAACAAUGAUAGUGACAAUUCUGAACAUAAAAAUGGUGGACCUAACGUCAAAGAAUUAGAGCGGGGGACAAGUUGCUAUGACAACGCUCCGGACGGGGGUUGGGGCUGGGUAGUGACAUUUGCAGCUUUUAUGGUGGGAGUGAUUCUAGAUGGAAUAUCUUUUUCAUUUGGAUUAUUUUUCAAGGAACUCUUGCUACAUUUCAAUGAAAGUAAAAGCUUAACGUCUUGGAUUAUAUCAGUGUUAAAUGGAACCUACCUUGGGAUUGGUCCAAUCUCGAGUAUUCUUGUAUCUGUGUUUGGGGCUCGACAGGUUGCAGUAUUUGGCGCGUGUUUGGCAGCUAUAUCGUUCUUUGCCUGCACGUGGUCACCGAACGUUCAAGUGAUGAUCAUUUUAUAUGGCCUGCUUGGAGGUGCAGGUCUAGGCCUAUUAUAUCUUCCAUCUAUUGUAACAGUGGGACAUUAUUUCAAGAAAAGGCGGGCACUAGCUACGGGUAUAGCAGUAUGUGGGAGUGGCAUAGGAGGUUUUGUGUUCGCCCCACUUAGUGAAUUUCUUAUAGAAAAGUACACUUGGAAAGGAGCUAUGUGGAUUAUAUCUGCUGUAGUUCUAAACGGUAUUCCAAUAGCCAUCUUAUUAAGGCCCUUAAAAGGGGCCGAGGAGGAGGACAAAAAGCGUAGAAGUAUGCUAAAGGGAGGAGCUAAGGGCGAUGCCAAUACAAACCUGCUUGAGGGUGAAACAGACGAUUGUGAGGACAAAAAGUUGUCUAAAUGUGCACAGUGUUGUGACGUAUCGUCAAUGUUCGAUUUCGAGUUGUUGAAAAGUCCGACAUUCCUUGUCUACGGAUUGUCCUGUUUUCUAUGCAUGUUAGGAUUUUUCAUUCCAUUCACUUACAUUCCUGAUCUCGCAGACGACUUUGGUAUGACGUCACAGCAGGGAGCCAUGUUGAUCUCAAUCAUUGGUAUUUUGAACACAGUCGCACGUGUUUUUGUCGGUUGGUUGGCGGACCGACCUUGGGCUGAUCCUCUGAAAAUAAAUAGCGUGGCCCUAUUGAUAGGGGGCGUGUCAACAAUGUUCGUCCCUUAUUAUUCUCACUAUGGGGCCAUGUCUACAUAUUGUGUUGUGUUCGGAAUUAGUAUUGCUGUCUUUGUAUCAUAUCGAUCAAUUAUAAUGGCAGAGUUACUGGGAAUAGAAAAGUUGACGUCAUCAUUUGGACUCGUCACAAUGUGUCAGGGACUUUCAGCGUUCAUUGGUGCCCCUAUUGCAGGUUUGUCCUUAUACACUUCACUUUAUUAUUAAGAUAAUUUGUGCUAAAUUGCUAUAUGUACAGCCAUGUUGCCGGUGCCGUUGUCGUUUUAAAUAUAUCUUUCCUUCGGGUUGUUUGCCUUUGGAAUUAAGAAAAUGUCGAGCGUUGCCCCGCUCUUCGGUGUCUCUUGCUCAGACUCACCAACACAUGUACCACCG